AUGCAAGACAAGAAUAAUAUACCGGAAAGUCCUAUUUAUGUGAAGGAGAGCUUCUUCAUGCGACUCAUGAGGCACUUGGCGUCACCCGUUCACGGAGGGGGAGGGGGUGGCGGUCGGCCAGGGGUGCACUCGAACCGCAAUUCCUACUACUCUUCGGAACAAACGCCGAAUUCAACGCUUCAAAGGCGGCGAUCAAAGCGCCAAUCAUUUCACUCCUCGGCAUCCAAUGGCGACAUCGCUAGACAUCAGACAUAUAUCAUCGAUCAAAGCCAUAACAACACCCAAAGCCUACAUCGGAACCACUGCUCGACAGUGGCCGCCAACGGCUAUGAGAUACCGGCCGUCUGUGGCAUCAAAAAUCACGGCAACACCUGCUUCAUGACAGCUAUCAUCCAAUGCCUCUGCAAUACGGACCUAUUGGCCGAGUACUUCGUCAUGAACCACUACAGGGUCGACCUCCAGAGGCAUAACAAACUGCACGCCAGAAAGUAUGGCACCAAAGGCGAGCUCACGGAACAGUUAGCGCUCUUGUUGAAGUCGUUGUGGUCGUGUAUGUACUCGAGUGAGAUCUCCAGCAAAUUCAAGACAUUGAUGGCUAAGUACAGCGCCCAAUACGAGGGCAGUGACCAACACGACGCCCAGGAGUUCCUGCUAUGGCUUCUCGACAAAUGCCACGAAGACCUCAAUAUCGCCAAUAAGAAGAAGUAUAAGAAGAUUAAAGGUUUGUCUCACAACCGGACGGACGAGCUGAUAGCGGCCGAGACACUGGCCAAUCACAUGCGAUGCAACAGUAGUUUCAUUCACGACUUAUUUCAGGCACAGUUGAGGUCGUCGCUGGUGUGCCGUUCCUGCGGCAAACACAGCAACACAUUCGACCCAUACCUAUGCCUGUCCCUACCGGUGCCCACGCGGCUCACGCACACGCUAUUAGUGAACGCCGUGUUUCUCGACCGACGCCCGCGAGUGGUUCAAAACGGUGUGUCCAUCGAGUCUUUGGCCACAAUACGCGAACUGCGGGAUAAAAUCAGCCGUUUGUUGAAAAUACCAGAGAAACAGUUGGUUCUGUUGAUGACCGGCGAGGACUUCGGUCUCAAAGAGUUGGCGAAAGACACGGAUAUAGUCCAGGAGACCGUCGAAGACAUGCAAGAGAUAUACGCGUUGGAGACACCAAAACCACAGCCCAACUAUCCCGUCACUAAUAGUAGCGGCGGUGCGUCCGGUGCGGAACAGCAGCUGACACUCGUGUGGACCAAUCGGGUAGGCAUUGGAAAUCAGGGAAAGAUAUUCGGCUCAGUAUUCUCGGCGCUGGUGUCCCGCGAGGCCUCCUAUAAACAGAUCCAAUUGGAUGUGUUGAACGGUAUGCGGUCGCUCUUGAAACGGGACAUCGACUUGAGUGGUGUCGGCGCCGGUAUGAACCUAAGGCUGCGAGUGAUCGGCGGUAUUCCCGGGAAGUCCUAUUUGCCCGAAGACGUGGACCAUCCGCUGUACGUCCAGACGGUUGACAAAGCGUUGAUCGGCAGCGAGGAUAAGGAGUAUAGAGGACCUGUUCACCUGAAGCUAGUGGUUGAAUGGGAUCUGGACGUGAGAGACAGUCUGAUUGUUGGCGGCGACCAAAUGGAUGAGCCGGUGGUCGACAGUUCGGUGGAGUUGGCGAAGGCUCGCUCCCAGAAGACCAAUAGAGCCACACUUCGCGACUGCUUCGACAUGUACUUCAAAGAGGAACGGUUGGGUGCCGAUAACGCGUGGAUCUGUCCGUCGUGUAGGCGCCGACAGCAGUGCACCAAAAAGCUGAGCCUAUGGUCCGUCCCCGACAUCUUCAUCAUACAUCUGAAACGCUUCCGACAGUCAUCGCAAUCGCAACGAAAUAAAGUCACGACACAAGUAGUGUUCCCUCAAAACGGUUUGGAGAUGAGCGCCUACAUAGCGCCCCGGUAUGUGUCUCAGACGAACGGAACCAUAAACAACGGUCUGCCGGCUCUGUGGUCGCCGUGGAAGAGGUCGCGUAUGUUUAGCCGACUGAACCGUACGGACGAUAAUACUUAUGAUUUGUACGCCGUUUGCAAUCAUAAGGGAAAUAUGCAGAGCGGCCACUACACCGCCCAUUGCCGGAACCCAAUCGACAACUGCUGGUAUCUGUUCGACGACACGAAAGUAGUUCCGGUGACCGAGUCGUCGAUCAUAACGGCCGACGCCUACAUCCUAUUCUAUCAGCGCAGUAGCCUAUCGUCAGCCCUGUCCUCCUGUGCGUCGUCCUCCACGUCCGGCUACAGUAGCUCUGCCAGCAGUUACUACAGCGAUCACUGGGCCUUCCGAAUGCCGCCGUUUAACUACUGGUCCCCCAAAGCCAGCAAAAGUCACGACAACUUGUCGUCCGAAGUUGUGGUCAAAGAGAGAAUUAGUGCCAAAAGCGUGAGCACAACACCGCCGACGCCCAGCGCCCCGACCACAGCCGCCUCCGGCGCCCCCCUCGACACUCGCCGAUGCUAUGCAAGCCUGCCUUCAAAGACAACUCAAAUCAAAUCUAAGUCAUUGCAAACCGACACCAAAACAAUAACACAAACCAAUAACACGACGACUCGCGAGUCGAUUAGCGAUAGGCCAACACCGGCGCCAAUGAGCGUCCAAUGCAUUAAUAGUAAUAAUGAUCACAAACUCAAUGAUACCAAUCGUUGGACACUUCCUGAGCCGAAAUACGUAAGCGAUGUGUCGGUGGUUCCCAACGAGUCCGAUAAGACGGCGGUGUGUCUGCCGGCGCCCCUUAAGCCCGAUACUAGCAAAUACUGGGCCAUCACUUCGGUCUAACCACUAACCGCUCACUGAGUGGAACGACUGACAGAUGUGGUCACUGUCUGACUGUCUGUCGGUCACAUAAACCCCAAACCGAGUCCUCAUGUAAUCAAAUACGCGAUCCGUACGAACAAAACGAGUUUUAAAUACAAAACACAAAACAAGAGUUAAUUUAAUGAAUGAAUUAUUUUUUGAAUGAAUGCCUGAAUCGUACGAACGAUGAAUAUAUAAAUUGUUUAUAAUAUGAAUUCCUCUUCAUUCCAUCCUAUAAUACCGGUUCCAAUGAAACGACAAAAAAGCAUUUAAUUUUGCACUAAAUAUAUGUUUUUAUAAUUAUAAUUACAUUCCUAUUGAAACGAAACGAAACAAACGAUUUGUUUUUAAACAAGUAUUCAAGAAUUGAAUGAAUUUUUUCGGACAAAAUUCUUACGAAACAGAAUAUUCUGUUGUUUUUAGUCAACUAUACGAUAGCAUAAUGUUUGGAGUAUUACUCGAAGUUAUUAUUCAAAUAAUAAUUAGUCAAUAAAUUUUAGUAUUAAAUAUAAUACAUAUUACUAGCGAUUAGUGUUCGACUAAAUCCAUAAUUAGUGUACAAUUUUCAAGCGUUUUUAGACUCACUUAAGAUUAGCAUUGAUUUGAAACAAAACAAUUGGAUUUUUAGGAGAGUUUUUAGCGUUCAAUAUCAUAAACGGCCAAAACAUGUGUUUUCAGUGUAUUUAUGGCCAAAAACCAGUUGCGGCCAAACAUUCGCCUCAAUUUGCUCACCAUUUGUGACACCCAUUCCCCACACAAACCAAACAAAUGUCUGACGCCUUGACUGUCACGCGUGGGAAGUGACCGGUGGACCAGUGGUUCGCCACAACUAUUUUAGGGACAGCUAGUCAUGAGUUAGUCAUUACAUUCACACAAACGUUAAGUGCAAUUGCGAGCCAUAGGACACCCCUUCCCACCCGAUUGAGGCGUUCAGACAUUAAUUAUGAUUGCAUUCCAUUGGAAAUAUUGAUUAUUAUUAUGUUUAUUACCGAUUAUUACUAUAUUUUGUGUUUUUUUCAUAUUUUUAUUAAAGCGGUUGUGAUUAUAAUGAGAGAGAAUUAUGUAAUGUUAUUGAAUAGAGUUAUGAUAUAUUGUAUUAUAACACAAGAGUUUAC